CUAGGUUUUUAGUUAUCUUUUCAUCACUACAAGGAGGAGAGCAGAGUGAAGGAGUAAGGUCGGCUAAGCUCUCAGCAACCAUGGGUAUCUCAAGAGAUUCUAUGCACAAGAGACGUGCCACUGGUGGCAAGCAGAAAACUUGGAGGAAGAAGCGAAAGUACGAGCUUGGACGCCAAUCAGCUAAUACCAAGAUUUCCAGUAACAAGACAGUCAGACGAAUUCGUGUGCGAGGUGGUAAUGUGAAGUGGAGGGCACUGAGAUUGGAUACAGGAAACUAUUCAUGGGGUAGUGAGGCAGUCACACGCAAGACUCGUAUCCUUGAUGUGGUUUACAAUGCCUCGAACAAUGAGCUUGUCCGCACACAAACUCUUGUCAAGAGUGCAAUCGUUCAAGUUGAUGCUGCACCCUUUAAACAGUGGUACCUCCAGCACUAUGGCGUUGACAUUGGUAGGAAAAAGAAGGGGGGCGCUAAGAAGGAAACUACAACCGAGGAGGGUGAAGCUGCUGCUCCAGCUGAGGAAGCUAAGAAGAGCAACCAUGUAGUCCGGAAAAUUGAGAAACGCCAGAAGGAUCGUACACUUGAUAGUCACCUCGAAGAGCAAUUCAGCUCUGGUAGGCUAUAUGCCUGCAUCUCAUCCCGCCCUGGUCAAUGUGGCCGAGCUGAUGGGUACAUUUUGGAAGGGAAAGAGUUGGAAUUCUAUAUGAAGAAACUUCAAAAGAAGAAAGGCAAGGCAUCUGGUGCUUCUGCUUAAGUGGUUCUUUCGGAAUGUCCAGACUAGUUUGUG